GGUCGCUCGAGAAAUAGGGCGAACUCAAAUUCCAAGUCAUCUAUAGGGCGAAAUAUAAGUCACAAUUUAGUGAACCAUCCUAGAGGUUGA